ACCACGGUCAAAGAUAGAGGAGAUUAGACAGAAGUUCCCAGAUGAGAUGGAGCAGAAGAAACAGCUGAUUUCACACUGGAUUAACACCGACCCAAUGGCUAGCUGGAGGAGACUCAUUGUGGCACUACAUACCAUGAAAGAAACCAAGAUGGCUGACUCCAUAAGAUCCUAUGCUGAACCUCUCACUGAUGACAGUCUCACUCCACACACACUGCUACCUGCUGUGUCCUCUGUGAGACAGUUCUGGAGGAGAGAUGAUGGUGGUGAUGGGGUGGGGCUGCUGCAGUUGCUUGGUGACCCCUACUCAGUGAUGGAUGAUAUCAGGGCCAGUCCAUCACACUCAACUGAAGAGGAGAAAAGGAUUGCAGGUCUACAGUACUACCUCCAGACCCUACCUGGUGCAUCAUGGGAGGAUAUAGCUGGAGAAUUAUGGCACAUGGAGGAGCACACAGCCCUGGAGGAAGUCAGACAACAUCUACCAUCUACAUAUGAUCCCAGCCUCACUCUCUCCAACAUGAGAGCAGCACUGGACACACUGCCAGCUAACAAGUGGGCAGUGUUUGGUAGUGGACUGCGUGUCCCACUGUCCAAGUUGGUCCAGAUCAAGUCUCAGUUCACUAGUGCUGAGGAGAGGAAACAUGAGAUCAUCAGAAUAUAUCACACCCAACAUCCACACCCAACAUGGGUGCUGGUCUCAGAUGCUCUCUACAGGUGUGGUUGGCUAUUUGAAGAUAAGCAGUUCCACAAUGUUCUUGACAGACUCCAGUCCAUGUUCCCCACUGGUCGCAACAAGGCCAAGAAGAUCUAUGAAGAGGAGAUGAAACGUGGAAUCACAGAACGACUCAUCACAAAAGUGACAAUGGUGGGUACUGCAGGCAGCGGGAAGUCAACGUCCCUGGAGACACUGACUGGCGAGGAGCCACUGGCAGAGGGAGAACGAGAGAGCACACCACUCCUGAAGAGACCCGUCCAAACCGAGGUGGUCUUUGUGGAAGGGAGGGAUGUGAUCUGGGCCACCACCGAGAAGUUGAUCUUUGAGAUGAACGCUCUGAAACCAGACCAUCUGGACAAGAAGACGGCAGAGCGGAUCCGACGCUACGUCUUGGAGCAGUGCCGGCCCAUCAAGGUGAAGCUGCCCGUGCGGUGGCUGGCAUUUGAAGAGAAGCUGAGGAGCAUCGCGGAGAGACUGGGGAGGAUGGUGAUGAGUCGGCAGGAGUGCUUGAAGGUGGCAGAGUCACUGGGGCUGGCGGAGAACUCUUUCGACCUUGCCUUGGACCACUUCCACGAAGUGAGCCUCAUGUUCUAUUUCCGCACCAUCCUCCCAAAAACCGUGUUUGUCGACCCACAAGUGUUGCUGGACAAGGUCUCGGAGCUGGUGGAGUUCAUGUUUGAGCUGCGAGAGCCGGAAGAGGAAGACGAAUCCUCUGACGACACAAAACCAGAAGAGAAACACACACCAGACGUUGGUGAGAAGACAACCGAACCACUCGAGACGCCAUCAGAUGCCAGCAAUCCUUCCGAGCCAGCGUCAGAUUCUGCCAGUGAAUCAUCCGAAGUGCCGUCAGCUGCAGGAGAGGAGUCGUCAGAGACAUCGUCAGCAACUGCAGCAUCGACCCCCGAGGAUCCCUCUACAGGGAAGGAACUGUCGUCAGGUGAAGCAGCAGAAAUGGAUCUCCUGCCUCCCGGCUGGCAGGAGUUCAUGGAGUUUGGUCGAAUCACAAAGAAGUUUCUGGAAGACAGGAAGUUCAGCAGCCACUACAAGGAAGGGGUCUUCAGCUGUGACGAUCUGAUCCACCUGCUGGGGGAGCUGCUGGUGUUUGCCAGGCUGUGGAACGAGGAGGGUCCAGAGACCUGGCCCCCCGGCUUACCCCCCGCAGUGCCCAAGUAUCCCGGGUCGGUGACCUUCGUUGACCGCUACGAGUACUUCGAGGUUCACGUGUUCACCUCAAAGGCGUGGGAGAAGGAGCUGUGGGGGCACGUGAGAAAGGCUGUCUUUGGUGGGAUCGAGACCGUGGAUGAGACUCUGGGCUACUCCGAAAACAAGCCACGACCAGCAAUCGUGUGUCCGAGAACCCACACAGACAGACCACACCCAGCCUACAUCCAGGACAAGGAGUGGAUCUGCACCAGCGACACCAAUCAAUUUGGAGACCUGACCACCCAAUUUCUCUGGAACCAAACUCCAUGCGAACCCUCUCAGACAUCCUCAGCCUCAGUAACUACAGGUGAUGCUACUACUGCACAACAACGGACACAUGAUGAGUCAUCUGUGGAAUCCUCGAUUACUGCAACAUCAAUUCCUUCUGCAAGUGAUGCUCCCCUUCCUGCCCCUCCCACUCCAGAGACAAAACCACUUGGUGUGUCAGAGGAAUCCUCAUCUGCUGCCUCAUCAGUUCCUCCUGUGAACCAGGCUCCUUCUUCUAGUCCUCCGACUCCAGCAGAGACCCAACUUGUGAUGGGUGACCUGAUAAAACUAUCAACAUCCAAGAGAGAGAUCAGAAUAUUGCAGGAGAGUGCAGUGAAAUUCAGAGACAUCGGAGCCUUAUUACUAAGAGAUGAUACCGGGGCGAGAGUCAGUGGAAUAGCAAAUUCAUUUGGUAACCAUGUUGAAGCCGUUAGAAUGAUAUACGUAGAAUGGAUGCAAGAAGAUGAAGAUCACUCGUGGAAGAAACUCAUCAAGUGUUUCAGAGAUGUUCAACUGAACUCCCUUGCCAGAGACCUUGAGCUGCACUUUCGAAUCCCUUCACCUUCUGACAGAGAGGCACAGCAGGAAGGAAGUCAAGAGACUCAAGACCUACCAUCACCUUCUAACACCAAUGGAAGCCAGGGCAAAACCACACAAGAAGCUAUAACUGGACAAAGAGGUGGCGUGAGAAGGAGAAAUACUGAAAGAGAGCAGGGGUCACAUGCAAACCAGAAUGAUGAUGAUAGAAUUACAUCCAGUGAGACUACUUCACAUGCACUCGGGCAAAGCUGUUUGGGGAAACUGGUCAUAAUUGUCAUCAUUCUGAUCGUUGUGGCAGUUGGACUUCUUUACAUAUUUCUGUCUUAGUCUGUUAGGUUGUGCAUUAGUAUCGAUUGUCACCACUCUUUCUGUACUUAUUUCCCUGUCACAUUUUCCUUCUUG